CAAAACGCAACGGGAGAGAGAGGUGGAGGACGCAGAGGAGAGCGCUGCCUCACACAGUCAGAGACGCGGAGGCGCAGCAGAAAGUUGAGGGCGACGACGAGCGCCGCACGGAUUAACGGGAGCGCUUGUGUCCGCGCGAGGAGCCGAGCGGACGCUCAUCACCGCGGCCGUGACGCGCAGGUGCUCCCGCAGCCGCCUCAGCGCACGUGAGGCCAGAGCGACAGACAGCUGCGGCAGCGCAGGACAGGAUGCGGGACUCCCCCGCGUCCUCAGCGCGCAGCAAACGCACCCAAGUUUCCAGCUGAAGUUCCUGUUGUCCUCGUUGGAGAACUGGACAAACGCAUCUGCCCUCAAUAAAACCAGACUGAAGUUGACCAUAAAGCAGCUGCGAUCACGUCCUGCAGCGAUGGAGGAACACGCAUGCUGACCUGCAGGAGGAUCCAUGGAGCCCUAAAUAUCAGCCUGAUCCGCUCAUCGUGACCACCGGCUCUGGUCUGGAAAACCCCAUCCCAGCAGAGGAACGGGCAGCUCUGAGUCUGUGCUCGUUGACAGGAGAGGUUGACGCCCAUUUCACCUUUUCUGGAGGGCGACUGAGGGCAGGAACGCUGAAAACCUGCUGCCCCGUGUUUCCAUCCGUGUGUCGGGCGCUAAUCAAGGUCCUCCAUCAUCUGAACUGACAUUUCCAUAUUGUACGAGAGAGACGAAGUAGCUGACAUUACCAUAUUCAUGACCGCUGACAGACCCGAUCAUGUGAAAUGGGCCGCAUGGGCAGAACCCUGAGCCACGGCGCUCAGACAGAUGGAGAGUGACAUGUGAGGACAGGAGGCACGCGAGUCUCUGAGCGCAGCUCCGUCCUUCGUCUCCACGGCUCCUGGUGCGGCAGACGCCCACCCCUGCUCGGUGUGUUCCACCUCAAGCUUCAGCGUCUCGAUGAGUCAUCGCCGCCACGCUGAAGCAGCAAAGCAGCCUCCUCAUUGAGACCCACUUUUGCACAAUACGUUUAGCUGUUGAUGUGGUUCCCUCCUGCGUGGAUGGUCUUAAAAGAGACGGAUGGAGGAUCUAGAUGAGCUGAAGCAUCCGCUUGUGGGCGAAAACCCCAACAACUGCCACUCACCCGGGUCAGGGCUCGGUUCUGGGCCUGGACAGGCCCCGGCGGGGCUUUUUCAGGGCAUCCUGGUUCCGUGUGAGGAGGACGGGUCCUACCCUCCGUUAGCAUGGAGAAGCUUUCCCCCUGAGCUCCAGCAGCAGCAGCUCCUGGACCCCUGCUCUUUGCCUCACACCCUGGAGCCCUUCUACCCGCCAGCCCCCAUCUGGGCCCACGCAGACUCCCUGCUGAGCAAGGACUACCUGGAGACCACCUUUGUGGACAUUCGCCCCGGCUCCACGCUGGAGAGGAAGCUCCUGGCCGAGACGCAGGACUUCCACAGCGUGUCCUACAGCAUGGACGACGAAGACGACCUGCUUCCAGAUUCUGACGACUCAUCCAUUGAUGACUUCAGUGAUACAGACAGCGAGAGCAACUUCCCUCUGAUGAUCCCUCAGGACUACCUGGGCCUGGCCUUCUUCUCCAUGCUCUGCUGCUUCUGGCCCCUGGGCAUCGCUGCCUUCUACCUCUCACAGAAGACCAACAAGGCGUCCGCUCAGGGGGACUUCCAGGGCGCCAACGCAGCAUCUCGCCAGGCUCUGUGGCUCUCAGUGCUCUCCAUCGUGUUCGGAAUCAUCACCUACAUCUGCGCCAUCGCGGCGUUGAUCUCCUAUCUGUCUGGGAAGCCGCCGUAAAGGCAGCGCCCGCCCCUGUAUGGACACAGGACUGUCACACGUUUCAUAAAUAUCAACACAUCAGCUGUUCAUGUAGCGUCAUCACCGUGUUUGUCUGACAUCCCUGUUUGCAGUCAUGUUUUAGCUACACCAGGACGAGCAGGAGACCUGCUGUGUAGAUCAUAAUCACAUCUAUUUGGACAAGGACGUAGUUCAGAGGUCAUUUCUUGCACACGAAGAAAAAGAACUGAGAAUCACUCCACGUAGGUGUAAUUUAAUGAACGCUGUCUGCCUUUAAAAGCUGCACCGUGGCCAAUGAGAGGAGAGCAGAUGUUUUCAACUCACUCUACAUUUCACUGUCACAAAACAAUGGAUUUGCAGAGGUAUGAGAAGGUCAGAGCAGGGACGCUGCAGCCACUCAGUCCUGAUGGACCUCGCUACGGGACAGUCUGAGCCAGCGCUGUCGCUCCUGGCGAUGCUUCAGGGCCCAAGAGCUUUAUUUAAAAACCCACAGCUCACAGUUCUUUACUGCACCCAAAACUGGAGGGGCCCAAGUACAUUAAUCAACCCAUACAGCACAUUUCAUACUGAGCAUGACUCAUUGUUUACCUCCAUAAAGGACUGACUCUGCUGUUUUGUGCUAAGUUGAAUUGGUAUAUUUUGGUUGGAACCGUAAGCGCAUGCUGUGCCAUAACCUGAGAAAACACAUGCGAAUGGAGUUUAGGAGUUCUCAAAUGAAAAGUAAGGUUGUAAUGUGAGACAGUGACUCCAGAUAUAGAAAUAAAAACACUGUCUCUAUGCAGUUCUGGGAAAUAAUGACACAUAGAUGAGUGCAGACCUGAAAGCAAAAGUGCCAAAAGUAAGAAGGAAACUGUGAGAUCAAUUCUUUCAUGAGCUCUUCCAUUAAUAGAAGCAGCCAGGCUGCCACUGCACGCUCCAAAAAUAGCCUCUGCGCCUCUGCUUCGUGCAGCAUUACGAACUUAAACAUCAAUUUCACUGCUUGAAACUUAUGUAAGACAAACAGAAGUGGGUCUGACAAGGCCAGAAACAAGAAGGAGCAUUCAGCGCUCGGUCACGUGCUGCAUGAGUCAGUAAACUCUCCAUGUCAGCAGCAGGUUUGUAGUUCAACAUGUACCAGACGUUUUCAAAGCUCGACUCACUUCGCUCAUCUGGCCGCGGAUCAGUGCAAAAACAGCUUUGAAGACACAAAAAGCCUCCGGCCAUAUUGGUUUGAGUUCAAACGUGCCAAUGCUAAAAUAGUUAUCAGGGGAACUCUGAGGAAAUAUUUUUUAAAAGAUCUCUGCAGGAUACCAGUUUUCUAUUUACAUGUAUAGUUUUUAUAGAGUCCCUAACUGUACUACAAGUAUAAGUUCAAUCAAAUACUCUGUUGACACGCAGUUGGGAUGUUUCAGCGUCCAACCCUUGUCGAUGUGCUGUGAUCCAGCUGCACUGAGUCCACACACAGGGCCGUACAGUUCUGACAAUCCUGAGUCAUCGUCUUUCCCACUGGACAUUUAUGUUCAAAUGUGACCUGAUUAAAGAUUUAUAUGAGAGCAUUUAAGGCAGACAGUCUGGAAACUGGUCUGCUUAGAUUUGCCUCACUUUAUGUCUAUCACAAUGACGAAUGGACUACUCACAAGCUAAUAAAAGUCAAAGCUUGUGAUAAAUUAGGUUCAGUAGUACAAUAGUUGUUGGGUUUGUUCUCGGUUCACAUGCUUGUAUCACAUGUAAAUAAUAAAGUGAAAAAUCAAUGACUCCCAAUAAAUGCGCUUAUGUAAUAUUCA